AUGGCAGUAGCAGUGUUGAUUGAAGGUGAAACUAGUGUUCCUUUGCUAAAGCAACAUAAUAAUAAUGAUGUACAUGGUGUGAAGGCUAAGGUGGUAUCGGAACACAACAAGGUUUCAACUCAAAACAAAUUUGAUGCUCUUAGUGAAAUUGGUGAAAAUGGUAAUGAUGAAGGUAAACGACAGGAAGAAGUGGAGAGUGCAGAACAAUUAGGUGCUGCUAAUAAAAAAGUUAUGCCUACUGCUAAGAUAGUUAGAGUUCAGCAAUGUGAGGAGAUCCCAAUUGUUACCACUCAGACUAGUAACAAAGAGGAGAAUAAGCAAGAGGUCAAGUCUGAUUUGAUAAAGGACACAGAACAAGUGCCUGUUGAAGUGGAGCAGGAUGGAUGCAGAGAUGUCAAUUUGAAGGAUGAUUGUUCUGAUUCUGUGGAAGAUAGCUCUAAUCAUGAAAGGGCUGAUAUGAUGAAAGGUGGUGACAUUUUAGACACUACCAUAAGAGAUGCUGAAAAUGAUGCUCUUCUUCUUCUCAAACAGCCUGAUAUUUCUGAAAAUUGUGCCUUAGAGCAUGAAGAUGCAGUGGUGAUUUAUGAAAACAUUACUCCUCUGAGUGUCACAGUUCCAAAGAAGGUUUCUCCCAACAAGAUGUUGCAUGAUUUGGUGUCUCAUAACAUAAAUAUGGUUGGGAAGAAUAUAGAUUCAGGCCAGAAAGUGAAUAACAAGGAAGAAGGUAGAGUAGCUUGUUCUGUGAUAAAGGAGAAUAUAUCCAAUAAUAGUAAGUCUACUGCAAAAUCUUCUACAAAGGGUGCAAAGAAAGGUAGCAAACAAGCCAACAUGGAAAAUCAACCAGUCAUCAGGGUGAUGCCAAAGAGAGCUACCGCUAAAUCGAAUAACAUUGGGGUGGAAGUGGUACUUGACACCGAUCAAGAAGUGACUUUGAAACUAUUCUUUCAUGAGUUUAAUCAGCCUAUUGUUACUUCUGUUGUAUAUGCUAAGUGUGAUGCUUCAGAUAGAUUGGAAUUGUGGGACAGUAUUUACAACCUUGCCAAUACGGUCACUAUACCUUGGAUAGUUGGUGGGGAUUUCAAUGUUGUUUUGAAUCAAGAAGAAAAGAUUGGUGGUUUGCCUGUUGACAUGAAUAAUGCAGAAGACUUUUCCUUUUGUAUUAACUCUUAUGAAUUAGAGGAGGUGAAUUUCAAGGGUAGUCCUUUUACUUAG